ACUGCCGCCCCGCCCUGGCGGACGCGCGGCGGCGGGCUGGCUCUGGGCCGGGAGCGCGCAAAGGUUGCGGAGCGGCGGCAUGGGGGAGCACCUGCCGUGGGAGACUGACGGCUUGCAUCCUCUGGAGAGGCAGCUCCACGAGGCCGCCCGCCGGAACAACAUCGGGAGAAUGAAGGAGCUGAUUGGGAGAAGAGUCAACGUCAGGGCCAGAAACCAGGUGGGCAGGGUGGCCCUGCACUGGGCCGCAGGCGCGGGGCACGAACAAGCUGUACGGCUGCUUCUGGAGCAUGAGGCCGCUGUGGACGACGUGGACGCGUUUGGGAUGAACGCAAUUCUCCUGUCUGCCUGGUUCGGCCACUUACAGAUUCUUCAGAUCCUGGUUAACUCAGGAGCCAAGAUCCACUGUGAGAACAAGGACGGCCUAACCUUACUGCACUGCGCAGCCCAGAAAGGCCACGUGCAGGUACUGGCGUUCAUAAUGGAAGACCUGGAGGAUGUGGCCCUGGACCAUACUGACAAGCUGGGAAGGACAGCGUUUCACCGGGCUGCCGAGCACGGGCAGUUGGAUGCUCUGGACUUCCUUGUGGGCUCUGGCUGUGACCACAGUGUCAAAGACAAGGAGGGGAACACGGCCCUUCACCUGGCCGCUGGCAGGGGCCACCUGUCUGUGCUGCAGCGACUUGUGGACAUCGGGCUGGACUUGGAGGAGAGGAAUGUGGAAGGUCUGACCGCUCUGCACGCAGCUGUUGAAGGAGUCCACCCCGACUGUGUGCAGCUGCUCCUGGGGGCCGGCAGCAGUGUGAACACCCUCACCCAGAAAGAGCAGAGCUGCCUCCACUACGCAGCCCUCAGUGGCUCUGAGGACGUGGCCCGGGCGCUCAUCCACUCAGGGGCCUGCACCAACGUGUCCGAUCGUCAGGGAGCCUCGCCGAUGCACCUUGCCGUGAGGCACAACUUCCCCGCGCUGGUUCAGCUCCUCGUCGAUGCCGGCAGUGACCUGGACGCCACGGACAAUAGGCAGCAGACACCCCUCCACCUUGCCGCGGAGCACGCCUGGCAGGACAUAGCGGAGAUGCUCCUGGUUGCGGGGGUCAACUUGAACCUGAGAGAUAAGCAAGGGAAAACUGCUCUGGCAGUGGCCGCCCGCAGCAACCACGUCGUCCUGGUGGACAUGAUCAUAAAAGCCGACCGCCUCUACAAGUGGGAGAAGGACCACCUCUCACUCAGGGACCCUGGUGAUCCCUCUGGGAAGAGUCUGACCUUUAAGCAGGACCAUCGGCAGGAAACACAGCAGCUUCGCUCUGUGCUGUGGCGACUGGCCUCCAGGUACCUGCGGCCGCAGGAGUGGAAGAAGCUCGCGUAUUGCUGGGAGUUCACUGAGGCCCACGUCCACGCCAUCGAGCAACAGUGGACAGGCACCAAGAGCUACCAGGAGCAUGGCCAUCGGAUGCUGCUCAUCUGGCUGCACGGUGUGGCCACAGCGGGUGAGAACCCCAGCAAAGCGCUCUUUGAGGGCCUCGUGGCCAUUGGCAGGAGGGACCUGGCUGAGAACAUCAGGAAGGAAGUGAGCUCAGACCCGAGCACCCCCAGGAAGUGUGCAGCCAUGUGACCCGACGGGCCUGACCUUCAGGAGCCUGGGGCCUCAGAGCAGGGGCCACUGAACAGAAGACAAGCACCAUUUAAGGGCUUCAGAACGAAAACCACUGAUAACAAGUUAACAAACCUCCUGCUGCUUUCACCGAACCACACAGUCAGGCAGGGCCUGUCUCAGGUUUUGCUGGUAAUCCCUUCUCACAGGCAUGGUUCUUUGCAUCUCUCAGCUCACUUCACCUCCAUCAUCUCAGAUCCUCGCAGGGUGCAAGGGGCGUCUUUUCAGAGAGGACAGGGGUCAGGCUAGACAACCAGCCAAUCAGGUGGUGAGGUCAGGUGCCAAACCCAGCAUUGCCGUCUCCCCAGCCUGGCGAAGGGCUCCAUCCAUCACUUACAAAACGGACCUCCCUUCACUCGUUCCCUGGCCUUUACGAAUGCGUGCUCCCUCCACAGCUGCGUCUGUCCCCAAGGCUGUCCAUGCACUGGGACAGUUCCAAGAGGCGCACACUCUCAUUCUUGCCCUCUUGUUUUAAAAUUUUUUUAAAGUUUACAACUUUUUUUUUGAAAUCAUUUCAGACUUACAAAAAUGUUGCAGAAAUAAUAUGAAGAAUGUCCAAACGCCCUUCACAAUGCAGCUUCCCCAAGCAUUAACAUGUUACAUAACCAGAUCAUAAUUUCCACAACCGGGAAGGGGACACACACGAUACUGUUAGCUUCUCUUCAGACCUUAUUCAAGUGUCAUCAGUCGAGCCACGCAUGUCCUUUUCCUGGACCAGGACCCCGUUCAGGAUCACACCCAGCAUUUAGUUCUCAUUCUCCCUUUUCCAGCCCCCCACGAAGCCUCGCUUUCUGAAGAGGCUCUACUCAACCCAGCUUUCCGCGGUGAUGGGCCAAUGCUGUGCACUCACGGGGGUCCAACCUUCAAGUGUCUCUGUGCCACACUGGAAGAACUGUCUUGGGUCACAUGUUAAAUAUAUUGUGACACGUAAUCACCAAAAAAAAAUCUCACAAUGUUUUAGGUAAAUUUACAAUUUUGUGUUGGGCGGCCUGGGCAGCAUGUAGCCCGAGAGCUGCAGGUUGGACACCCCUGGGACUUGCCACUGACUAGCUAGCUACCUGUGGCUAUUGAGCACUUGAAAUGUGGCAAGUGAGACUGAAGAACUGAGUUUUAAAUUUUAUUUAAUUUUAAUUAUUUGACAUUUUAAUAGGCACCUGUGCAAGUGUCAGCCAUAUGGAAUAGCACGGGCUGGUCUGGUGGUUCAGUUUUAGGUGACAGGCAAGCACAGGUGUUGUGCAGGUCAGCCACACCGAUCUGAGCACGUGGUUCCAGGGAAAUGUGACUUUGGAAGCUUUGCGGCUUCACUGCAUGUAGAAAGCAGAAAGCAUCUGCACUGGAAACCUGGAAGUCCUGCCUGCAAGCUCUCUCUGUACUAUUGGAGCUCUCUUGCAUGUGGUACAGCUGGCUGUGGCUGGCAGGGGAGCCCAUUUCUUGAGAAACUCCCCACAAAGUUAUGCAUUGGGCCUGAGUCCUGGGAAACAGGGAGAACAAAAACUGUUAGAGGUCAAAGGGGUUUCAGUUCUCACGCAUGGCUGUGGGAGUUCACAAUGGUGCAAUCCUCUGAAAGGCAACGUGGUGUUCAUUACUUACAAAGUUACAGAUACACUUACUCCUUGACCCAGCAAUCCUGAGCCUAAGAAUUUAUCCUACAGAUAAGCCUGUAAACAGGUACUAAAACUAAUGCAGGUUAACCCAGGGGAAACUGAGCCACGGAGAGGGGUAUAUGGGAACUCUGUAUUAUCUGCUAUUGUUUUAGCUCUUAAAAAAAUAAAGUCUAUUGAUAAAACACAUGAACUAAAACUUUUGAAAAGAGAGGCUUUGAAACAAGCCCAUUUUACAGGCAGUAACCCGAUGCUCUGAGAGAUGUGUCCGAGGUCUACAGUUCAGAGUUGGCCUCAGAAUGCCCCCCAAACCCCACAUAACACGCGGCCUCCGGGCCCUGUGGAGCCCGCUCUUCUGCACGUGCUGUGUUGAGGUAUAGGAAACCCUCCUCUUCCAUCUUCCGUUUGGGAAAGGUAUUUUGUACCAUAUGGGACUUAGAACAUUUAUCUGGAUGAAUUUUGCACAAUGAAUUUUGUAUUUUUUGAGAUAAAAAUAACAAGUUCUUAAAUAAAAUUGAAAUGUUGAAAAAGCUCUCAAAUUCAAUACUCGUUUCUUUUGUUUGGGAGAUCUAGGGCAAAAUUUCAAACCCGACACGCUAUUGUGGAUUGGUUCUAUGUAACCACAGCUGUUACAAUUCGAGACCAGCAGUCAAUACUGGCCGUCUGCAUGCCAGGCUGUCUGCUGGGAGCCGGGGAGCACCGUGGAGUAGCCCACAGUUCCUGCCCCCUGGAAGCUGGUGGUCUGGGCAGCACAGGGGCUCGGACACCAAUAACGGAAUAUAAUGUGGUUGGUGCUAUGAUGGGUGUAUGCAGACAACUAUGGGAUUUAUUCUUCCUUGGAGAAGGUAAGGGGCAGGAAGGUGAGGCUCACAGAGAAGAUAGAAGUGGGCAAACAAAGCACGUUCCAAGCAAAAAGUAGUCUAUGCAAUGGCACGGGGGUGUGGAGCUGUAUCUGUUUGGGGAAUGGUGUGGCUGGAACACCGGAAGCAAUGACGGAGGGGGAGAGAUGAACUGGAGGGGAAG